UUGGUCUAAAACAGUGCUGUCAUCAUGGUGAACACUGGCAUGCAGCUGAUCAGCUUCACCUGUGCAGUGACUGGCUGGAUCAUGGCGAUCGCCGUCACGGCCUUGCCUCAGUGGAAGGUCUCAGCCUUCAUCGGCAGCAACAUUCUGACCUCAGAGAUCAAGUGGGAAGGCAUCUGGAUGAACUGUAUCUACCAGACCACUGGCCACAUGCAGUGUAAGACAUACGACUCCAUGCUGGCCUUGCCUCCAGACAUCCAGGCGGCCCGCGCCCUCAUGUGUCUGGCCAUCUUCAUGGGCUGGCUGUCCUGCACCGUGUCCUGCUGCGGCAUGAAGUGCACCACCUGUGCCGGCGACGACCGCCGGGCCAAGGCAGGCAUCGCACUCUCAGGCGGGGUUCUCUUCAUUCUGACAGGUCUGUGCGUGCUGAUUCCAGUUUCCUGGACUGCCAACACCGUGGUCCAGGAUUUCUACAACCCCAAUGUGCCGCUGAUGCACAAAAGAGAGCUGGGGCAGGCUAUUUAUCUGGGCUGGGCGUCUGCGGUUAUUCUCAUGAUCAGCGGAGCUGUGUUAAGCAGCACCUGCCCCCUCAUGGAGAGGGGUGGCAGGUACCGCAGGGGCUACAUAGGCCGAAGCUUUGCUAAUUCACCCGCUUCAGCGCCAGAUCCCCCAAAACCUAUCACGUCUAACAGUGUACCAUUAAAGGAGUAUGUGUAG